AUGCUUAUUCCCCCGACCACCUCCUCAGCCACCGGCAAAUCGAUACCAUUGAUUAUGCCUCCAUUACACAUAAUCGUUUAUGAUUCGGGAAAGAUUUCAAUUCUAGUCCUAGUCUUACCAAGGACAGAAACGAUGGCGGCGGUGCUUGUUGAUCUGCCACAUACGACAAUGAUGUUUGUUUAUCUGCUACAAGACGAAGGUGAUGAUGGUUGUGAUCCACCACAGACGAAAAUGAGGGUGACGCUGUGGUUGGUGGACGGUGGUGGGAGAUGUAGGUGUCCGAUGGUGGUGGUGUUGAACUGA